CUUUACUGCGGCCCUUUGACCAGAAUUGACAAAGCAAUCAACCACGGCGCAUUAUGAGUGAUUCGGAUUCCUCCAGCUUGUCAUCGGCGCCGCCGACCGACGACGAAAAGCCCCUUGCUCCCAUCUUUGCAAAAAUGGCAAAAGGAAAGAAGGCUGCUCCAAGAAAGAAGAAGGCUCCUGUUACUCCUCCAACUCCGCCAUCACCGCCCCGACCAAAGAGAUCUCCUUCGCCGCCGCACCAAGACUCUCUAGCCGACAAUCCUGAUGUCGCCUUCCUGGUCAUGUUCCGAUCUCGCUUCAGCCAUGCCUUCCCACCAAAGCUGCCCCACCUCGGUCCUCAAGAUAUUGAGAAGGGAGUCGCCGAGUCUCCACCCUCGCCGCAAGUCGAAGAGCUGAUGUGCGCAAUGCUCGCCCUUGUUCUGAACCGAAAGAAGCCGGUCGAACGAGGUCACCAUGGUCGCGCAAUGGAAGAAGCCCUGUCUACGCAAAAGCACCAAUGGCCAUUGUCCUGGAACCGCGUUAACCCCCUCGCCGGCAGCAGAACCUUCCCCGACAUGACCCCCGCCGAACGUUUGAACCUCCUCCGCACUCUCGCAAUCUGGUCGCUCACGUCAUCUGAUGUUGUCUCACAAACUAUCAAAGACUCUUACAAGAUCAAUCGUCGCGAAGACGACAUCAACCAGCCGCUGUCGGUGCAACACUGGGGCUAUGAUGGCGACAAGAGAAAGUACUACUUGAUUGAGGGGCAGGAUGACACCAGCUUCCGCGUAUACCGCGAGGCCAACCGCUCGUCGCAGAACCCUCAGUGGUGGAGUGUCGCCGAAACCAUUGACGAGGUCAAUGCCCUGGCAGAGAAGCUCGAGACCAAGGAUACCACACAAGCCGCUCGCCGCCUGGCCGACAAAGUCAGAGCUGCUGUGCCACGAUUUGAGGCAUCGGAAGAGAAACGCAGACGACGCGAGUACAGACAAAUGCGCAAGGCGCAAUUCACAAAGCCCGAACCCGGUUUCUCCCUCUACGAAGGUCGCACCCGCGGCAAGCGCAUUCGAUACACAUACUCCGACAACGAAGACGAGUCCGAUGCCACGGGCUCACGCCGCUCCACAAGACAUUCUGGAAACAAUACACCUGCCGAAUCUGGUCCGGUUGUUACAGCCAGCGGCCGCCAAGUCCGCCCUGCCAGAACUGGUAUAUACGGCGAAUCGCUGCUCAGUGGCCAGGCUGAGACGCCAGACUACGCUGCCUCGGAGACUUCGCGCACUUCAGGAGGAAGAGCAACCAGAAACAGCACACGCAUUUCUCCACUCAACGAGGAUCGCAAGAGAAAGUCGCGAGGAUACAAUUCUUUUGACGAAGACAGCGACGAGGAAGAUGCGCCUUCUAGCGGAAAUGAAUGGGAUGGCGGUGAUGAUGAUGAGAAUGAAGAAGACGAUAUAGACAUGGCUGACGGAGAAGAUGAGGAUGAGAUGGAUCUCGACCAACAAGAAGAGCCAAAGAGCCUGAUCGUCAAGCUCAAGUUCAAGAAGAGACCGCAAGAACCUGUCAAGACGGAAAACGCGCCCAUCGAGGAAAAGCCACCGCCUGCAACCGACCCCGCUCGUGUCUCGAUGGCUAGACAAGAACUCGAAAACCUGUCCACUCAGGACGAGCCUGUAAAGACACAACCUGCAGAGCACCACCCUAAGCCCAUGAACGUUAUGGACUAUGAGAUGCCUACACCCGCUACCUACCACGCCCACCCACCUCCCGCUCCUUUGCCUGCAGUCAGCAUCCCUGACCAGCAACAAGUCAACGGUAUCUCUUAGGAAGACGACCUGUUUCGUUCUAUUUCAGUCACUCGGAGUUGAGUUGGAAGUUGAGGAGUUUAGCAUCGGCAUUAUAUCCCCUUUCUUUUUUUUUUCUUGGUCAAAGCA